GCACGCCGGUCCCCGUAUACGAAUCAACGUGUAUGGCGAUGCGUUACCAUUGUUAUUGUCAAUUCGGAAAAGGGUCCUGCAGUGUCCGUCAACUGCUGUUUGGGAUUCAAAUAAUCACCGCGGUCUGCAGCUGCCAGAGCAAAAAAUGGCCGUCAAUUGUUUUCGAACUUUUCAACAGAUUGGUCAAUGCAUGUUACAUAUACGGAUAUUAUAUAUAUAUGUAUAUAUAUUCAACGUGCGCACGUAACCAUCGUCCCCGAUGCACGUGGCCGAUGCUGACCCCCUGCCCCUCCCGACCCCAAAAAUUUGCGUAAAUUAGGCUACGGAUUAUUAUCACCGAUCUCCACCGAUCGACUUCGUACCACGGGGCAGUCUCGUACGAAUCGGAUGAGGAGAAUAAAUUCUUGUACAGGAGAAAAAGUGUUUUUCCCCAAUACCCGGAUGCGGGAUUGCGCCCGGCAAUAAAAGGGAAUUAAAUAAAAUCUGGGGUUCAAUUUCGUCGUAACGGACAGAAAUGGUCCAUCGUCCGUCCCUCUCUUAAAACGCUGUUCGGUCCGUCCGGUGCAGAGCCAUCAACCAACCAGCCGCGCGUAUGCAAAUUAGAACCUGCAGCGUACGCAACCUUUUUACCUGCAUUGUCUCUGGUCGUAUGGCGAUGACAAAAAAGAAUGAAAUGAAAAAAUGAAAAAAGGAAAAAAGAAAUCGAAACUCAGGUCAAAAUUUUUAUCCGGUUAAGAAUUUUUAUUUUUCAAUUUGAAAUAACAAAGGGUGACCCUUGCGUAGCUGGUCCCGAGCGAUGACGCGAGGGGGAUCCGUACGGCGGAGACCACGUCGGGGACGAGUUUCGGUAACGAGAGGCGUUGCGGUUGUUCCUCGUGACAUUGUGGUACAUUCAACUGUUGCACAAAUAUCGCGGAGGAAUGAACACGGUAAAACAAUCGACACAAUUAAGACGAUAGGUGAAAAAGUAAGACGUAAAACCUUUUCUCUCAGUUUUUUGCCACCCUUGCCCCGCCCUUCUCCUUGUUCUCCCUUUUUUUCCGCGUCUUUCAUUACAGGGUUCUGCGGUCUCACCCUUUCUGCGAUGACGAGGUGUGAGAUCUCCGCUGUUCGUUGAACGGAAGAAAACGAGACGACGAGAGAGAGAGAGAGAGAGAGAGAUAUAUAGAAACGAAGAAAAGGGAAGAGGAAAAAUAAGAAAAAAGGGAACAAGUUCCGGAAAAGUUUUUCACCGAGCCCUCAUUUUAGGGGAUACUUUAUUAUUUGUCCUUCGAAUGAACGCGCGAAAGAAAGAGGAAGACAAUUAAGAGGAGACGGCGAAUAUCAGGUUAUAUAUAUGUACAUGAAACCGCGUGAAAUAAAAGAAGAGAAUGAAAAAAAUUAAAAAAUCUACCCAUCUCCGUGUAGGUAUAGGUAUAGGUUCGACGGUACAUAUUUAAUUGAGUCGUUGAACCUUCGGUUGCAGGGCGAGAGAGUUGCAAAGGGGCGAUCCGACCGGUGAGUUAGCUGCAAGGAGAGCGCAGAAAUUACGCGCGACGAUUGCUAUAUUCCACCGUUAACUCUGGUACGCGGACUGGCCGGCCACCCAUUCGAACGUAAUUAAAAUCCGAAAGAAAGAUUCAAUUACCGACGCACCUGUGGAGCUUCCACGUCCGCGUACGUACACGUUCCCCCGGUAAAAUUAUUUUUCGAACAAAAAAAGGGAAAAGAGGUGACCAGGUACAGUCGGAGGGAGAGAGAUUUUUGGAAGUUUUGUUCGACGAGCGAGCUUUAUUUGUCGUCCGGAUCUCUGCCGAACUCUGAAUUCCGAAUACCGCGGCAGCUCCAUUUCGUUAGCGUUAUCACAGUUUAGUGUCUUGUUCGUCCUCCACACCGUACGCUGUUACUGUACGCUCACCUCUUCGCCGCAUCGUAUCGUCCUAUUCCACCUGCAGCAAUGAUUCAAAUUAAACCGAAUUAACCAAUCUGCGGUUACGAUCAAUACCAUUGGAAUCAAAUAACGCGUAAAUUUUCGCACGGAAUUUAUGAACGAUUGGUUCUUUUGAAUUGCUUGUUUUUUUUCUUGCCUCGUCGAACGAACGAUCCUGAAAUUCGACGUUGGAAAAAUCGUGACACUUUUAUACGAUCUUUGUUCGAGAUUUUCUUGUUCUCGUAAAAUUUUUACAGAAAACCUCAGCCAUGGAAUAAUAAUCGAGUUUCAUUGAAUUUAGGUAUCGUACGUCAUACUUGAUACAUGCGGUAGUCGUGGACGUAGAAUUGCUAUGUCAAAAUGAUAGACGGAGUAGAAUUCAUUCCGUUGAGAGCGAUUGACUAGAUCAGUUGACGUGUGGAAGCGAAUGUAUUACAGCCGUAGUAGAACUGUAGAAAGCAAUCGACUGCGGGAAUGACUUGAUCGUAAAUAAAAUACGAUAUUCACUCCGGAUCGCUUGGAGGAUACAGGAAAAAGUUUGAGUACGAUGAUUACGUUAUCGGACCGAUGAAAUCGACGUAUCGUAUUCGGUUUAAAAAACAAAGUAAAUUUUUUGGGACAGAUAAAAAUAAUUCGAAUCGUAAAAAUAGUGAAAUUGAUAACUCCGAUAAACCAAAAUCCGAUACCGGGGAUAAAUAAAAAAGGAAAAAGUGCAACCCUUAUGACUCGAUUAAUAACCGACAAAAAUCAUCCGCAGUCUUCCACGCGUAUACGCGCUGGCGUGAGAUGAAAUCGGAUUUAAUGGAAAUUCUUCGUGAGAAAUCAAAGUUUUUCCAAGAUCCGUGGUACAUCGCAUGUGGGGAAGAUGGUACAGAGACGGUGACGCGGAUGUUACGGCAUCGAUGCUCGAAUGUACGGGGAGACUUAUAUCCGCGUGCACGUGCAUGCUAAAGCACGAUGAAACGUCGGUUGCAACCCUAGCUGCAGAAAUAAACGUCGCACACUCGCAUAAAUUUAUCCAAACGUAUAUAGGUACAUACGGGUUUAUAUGUAUACCUGUCCGUAUAACGUAACUGUCGAACGUUCGUUGGUGUUGGGAGAGGUGAUAUAGGUAGGAGGUGAUCGUGUACGGGAUAAACGUCGUUGUGUCCGUGUAUAAUAAUGUACGGUGCAACCCGCGUACGUGCAUGUACGUAUAAAAUGUACGUACCAACACACUCUGACGACUGGAUCGUCUACACAUGGGUAGACGAACCUUCUGGACACACCACGCCGCACGCGUAGACGCGUCGUACUGUGUUGUUAUGUGUUGUAAUAGUUAUUUCAUUGAAAAAUUAAUUUCAACAUCGUUAAAAAGUCUGCAAUUUUUGUCUUAAAAUAUAUAAAUAGAGAGAAAGAAAAAAAUCAUACAGUCUGAACAACUCCAGUUAAGUUAUCGAAGACUAUUUUUCUUUAGUUGAAUAAUAAUUCUGAUUUCGAAAUUUUAUUGAAACAAAAAAGGAAAACCAAAAAAAAAAAAAUAGAAAAAGAGCAAAAAAAAAAGAGAAAAAAAAGAAAAACCGUUGAAAAAAAAGAAACAAAAUUCAAGCAUUGCCUUACAACACACUCAACGUCGAGAAAAAUAUUUGGAAGAAAGGAGAAGAGAUAAACGAAACAAAAAAAAAAAUUAAAUUAAAUUAAAUUAAUUACUAAAAAAUAACACAAAAAAAAAAGAAAAAAAAUACGCAAUAAAAAAAUAAAAUAAAAUAAUAAUACAAAAACAAACAAAAUUUAGAUGUUACAAAGUAAAUUGUAAAGAUAUGACUAAAGUAUAUUUUUAACAAGUUUUGAGAACUUUAGAUUUUAAAUAAAUUAAAUACAAAAAAAAAAAACCAUAAAAAUUAAAAAAAAAAAAACAUACUAACGGAACAAAAGGAAGAAGAAAAAAUUUUAAUGUCUGAAAAUUAAAUUUAUAUUAACCAAAAAAUGUGAUCCAAAAAGUCGUUGCUACCAAGAGAGCCUUAUGUCCUUGCUUCAGUUAAUUCUGUUUCAAAUCUUCGAGCGGGCGACGAAUUGCAGCGAGAGAACCCCGCGAAGGAGAAGAAGAUAAGACAAAGACGGAGGAUAAGAAGCAGAAUCGAAGGUAUACCAGAAGAAGAGGACACGAGGCGCAGUCUCAGUCUUAAAAAUACGUACAGAAGAGAAGAGAGAAAUAGAGAGGGAAGUGUAGCGCGAUAAGAUACGACAAAGUGCUAAUGAAGAAGGAAAUUUUGAAGAAAUAAUAAGGAAUACGGAGGACGAGAAAAUUUUCGAGAUAAAAGGAAGAACAUAAAUAAAAGUCAAAAUUAAAAGAAGUAACAAAAAAAAAAAAAGAAAGAAAGAAAGAAAGAGAACGAGAACGAGAAGUUGUGAGGGAUCAUAAUUUGGAAAAACAAAUUCUUAUCUGUUGUGAAGAGAUCGCGGAUCGACUUUGCUCCAUAUAUUACAUAUAUUUCAGUGUGUUCAAAAAACGAGUGUACCUAAGUGCAAUAUUUAUAAAACCUACUAAACGAUAAUAAGAAGUAAUUAUUAAUGUCAGGAGAUAUCGAGUUAUUCGAUAAUCGACCCAAUAAUUAAUAAUUAUUAAAUAAUUUAAAAGAAAGAAAGAGAUAGAGGCGUAAGGAAACAUAGAGUCGCAUUACGAGGCGUUCCCCAUUAUCUAACAGACAGAAAGAAGGCAUCGUACGUAAUAAAUAACGCUAUACGAAGUAAGCAGGAAUAAAAGUCACAGAGACACAAUACUUCCGUCUCUAAUAAAUUACGCGUGUAAAAGUUUCGCUGACUUUCAACGCAAAAUAAAUAACAAUAAUAAUAAUAAUAAUAAUAAUACUUUUUAAAUUUGAAAAAAUCCCCCAAGUUCGCGUCCCGGUAUACAUAAAAAUCACAGGGCUACUCAGGGCAACCGGGACACACGCUUGCAGUGGAUUUUUUCACAUCUCGCGAUUACGCAUCGGCAAAAAAGUGAGAAAGGAAGAGAGGAGGAUCUUGACCGUCUGUUUGGAUAAUCAACGCUUCGUUUACACCGUCCGGGCUGGGCAAUCCUGAAAAUAACCUGAACUUAAGUGUACUAGCUGUUAAGUAGAUAAAAGAAAAAAAAAAAAAACUACCAUAUAGUCAUUGAGAGGAUCAAGAAUCUUCGGCGAAAAUCGGUGUUGAAUUAUAUCACCGGAGUAGUAGACGCCGGAGGUAACCGAUACUGUAUAUACACAUUAUAUACACAUACACAUGUACAUGUAUAUACAUAAACAUAAUAAUUAUUACUCGCGACUCUCGACACUCCUUGAUUAUUAAAGUAAGAUAAGGUGAACGAUUUGAGAAGGCCGAAAGAACGAUACAUGAUCCAUAAAUAUAUCAACGUAGUUGGCACAGGAUCACCACCGUCAAAGGCAGAAGUGAAAUCCGUCUUACUCUGCUCAACAAACUUAUCCAAUAACGGGAAAAGUAACAACAACUGACAAGAUUACCCGCCACGCGCGAGCUACCGCUAUAAACGGUAAGCUCAAGAAAUAAACCCUCGUCCCCCCAAAAGUACCGAUCUCUGACUGGACUGAAGUCGAGAUCGAGCUGGUGCUUACAGGAAGGGUUGACAAAAAGCGGGCAAGCUGCGCCGCAAGGGGAUAGCACGGGCUUCGCGCGAAGGCCUCAAAAUUUCGGACGCGACGGCACUGGACCUGCGCUCCCAGUCUGCGAACAACUUUGUCGUAGCUGGACAAAGUCCGCACCAUCAGCAGCACGCCGGAAACCAUCACUCUGGCGAUUCGGGGGGUCGGUUAGCCGGAGGGGGCGGAGGAGGCGGGGGCGUUGGCGGAGGAGGUGCGGGCGGCGGGGAAGGAUGGGAGAUCAUUAAAGAAGAAGAAGUCGAAGACCUGAAGGAUAUUGCCCCAAAGAGGAGCUUGGGCUCGCGGGACGAGCUGGACGACGAGGACGAAGAGGAUAGUUGCAGUUCACCGGAGCAAAAACCGGAACCCAUGGAAGUUCAGGCGUCGGCUGUAUCCUUUGUAGCAGCUAAUCUCCAAGCGCUAAGGCAGCAGGUCUAUAAAAUGUCCGAUUACUGGCACCAACCUCAACGAGGUCCCCCCCAACAUUCCCCGAAUCUUCAGCACGGCUUCGGAAUUCAACACAGUCCGAUCGGACACAGUCACAUUCAACACAGUCCUAUGGGCCAGCAGCAGCAGCAGCAGCAGCAACAACAACAACAGCAGCAGCAACAACAACAGCAACAGCAACAACAACAGCAACAACAGCAACAUCACGUUGCACAAUCGCAAAACGCUCAACAACAGACCGUGCAGUCGCAAAAUUCGAUGCACAGUCCAAUCGGGCAACCCCAACAGCCGCAACAACAACAACAACAACAACACCAACACCAACCGAAUCCAACGCAAGUACAACAAAAUUCCGCCACCAAUAUGUUGCAGAAUGCCACCGCGCAGGUGAUGCAACAACAUCAGAUGACGAUGGUGCACCAACAAGCCGCAGCGGGGCAACAAAAUACGCAGUUGAAUCAGCACCAGGCAUCGCCACAGGCACCGACGACUCCCUCGCCGUCUCAGGUCGAGCACCAAGCGAUAAACGCGAACAGCAUCGCCCAAAACCUGCACAGCCUUACACAGCAGGCCCAACAACAACAGCAGCAGCAACAACAACAGCAGCAGCAGCAGCAACAACAACAACAGCAGCAGAAUAUGUCGCAAAGCCAGAGUACGGCGCAGGUGCUCAACGCGAAUCUUGGCCAGGCCCUUACCCAAGCAUUGACGCAAAAUAUGCAACAGAAUCUGAGUCAAACGUUGCAACAAAAUCUGGCUCAAAGUUUGACCCCGAGUUUAUCGCCGCAACAACAACAGCAGCUAUUGAACCAGCCACAAAAUUUGACUCAAAUAAAAUUCGAACCCCAAACGAUGGAACAGAACAUACAAAAUCAGGCGCAAAAUUUGUCGCAAACAUUGCAACAACAGGCGCAGAACCUGUCGCAAAACUUGAGCCAAAAUCUCAGUCAGCAAACGAUGCAACAACAAGCUCAGAACUUGACCCAAAAUUUACAACAACAUCAGCAGCAGCAGCAGCAGUCGCAACAUCAGCAGCAGCAGCAGGAACAAACCCUUGGACAAAAUCUCCAACAGGCGGCGCAAAACAUGACCGCUACCAUGGGCCAAAAUGGGAACAUCGCUGGUAUGGGACUGGUUAAUCAACAACAGCAGCAACAGCAGCAACAAAAUCAAAAUUCCAUGCUUAGCCCUGGCACAGUUAGUCAGGAUAGUCACGACGCUACCCUUACCGAAAAACUGGUCAACGAGUUGCAGUCCCGCGCCUCUGCAGCUGGCCUAGGAGGUGCUGGUGGUAUGGGGAACUUCAACGAACGCACUCUGGAGGAGUGCUGGUCCACCCUACAGCGAUUCUUCUCGCAGAUCUUUAUGCACAAAAGUGCCAUGCAGAUGCACGCAAGGGACUUGGGAGGCGGACUACCCGGUCGCCCCGGUGGAUUGGCCGGUCUCGUUGGUCCCGGAGGGAUAAUCGGCGGUGAAGUGAAACCACACCAAUGUCAACAGUGUUUAAAAUCAUUCUCAAGUAAUCAUCAACUGGUACAACACAUCAGGGUUCAUACGGGUGAAAAACCUUACAAAUGCAGCUACUGCGAUCGCAGGUUCAAGCAACUGAGCCACGUCCAACAGCACACGAGACUUCAUACCGGAGAGCGACCGUACAAAUGCCACCUUCCAGAAUGCGGACGAGCCUUCAUUCAACUAUCGAACCUGCAGCAGCACCUUCGGAACCACGACGCUCAGGUGGAACGCGCCAAGAACCGACCCUUCCACUGCACCAUCUGCGGGAAGGGAUUCGCCACGGAGUCAAGCCUGAGGACCCACACGUCCAAGGUCAGUCAUGAGUUGCAACAGCGUGUUGUGUUCCAGCAACACGCCGCCCUGAUUGGCGGCCCUAAUGCUACCAGCUGUCCUGUCUGCAACAAGCUCUUCCUAGGCGGUGAGGCGCUCAUGGAACACAUGAAGCACACUCACAAGGAUCCCAACGCCUCUGGCGUUGCCAUUCCUCCCGCUGACUGCACACCCUCCGUUGCCGGGGUUUACCUAGCGAAGCGACGGACUGCCAACCACCCUUGCCCGGUUUGCGGGAAACACUACGUCAACGAGGGAAGCCUCCGGAAACACUUGGCCUGCCACCCAGAGACCAGUCAGCUUAGUACCAGUCUCAGGAUGUGGCCAUGUUCCGUGUGCCAAGCCGUCUUCACUCAUGAAAGUGGCCUUUUGAGUCACAUGGAGCACAUGAGGAUGGACCCGAAACAUCAGUUCGCAGCGCAGUAUGUUCUGAGUCGUGCGGCAGCGGAGAAACGAGAACGGGAGCUUUUAGCUGCGACUAGUCAAAGUUUGGCUGGAUCAGGUUUAGGAACAGGGUUGGGUUUUUUGGGAAGCCAGGCUGGAGGACCGCAGAAUUUACAACAACCGCCAAUGUGUCAAUCACCGUCAGCGCAUUCCGACAGCAGUAGUGGUAACGGAAGACUAUCGUCGGCCGGAAGUGAACCUGAUUUUUGCGUAGGCGGCGGACUCCUGAACAAUAACAAUAACAACAACAACAAUAACAUGGCAUCCCCUGGUCCAAGUGGUAACAAACUCGGCGAGAUGUUACGUGCUGGAAGUCAACCUGGUGCUGUUCAACAAUACCACGACGAAAUGCAGUCGCAACAACAACGCAUGGCAGCCGCUAUGGCAGCGGUGUCGGCGGGUCUACAAAAUUCCGUCUCCCCGAACUUAUCGCCGGCAGAUAUCGCAUCCUUAGCUGCAGCGAUGCGCAUGGGAAACAACGGCGAUAUGAGCGGUGGACCACAAGGAUCAACGGGACCUCAACAACAAGGUGUUCAAGGUCCGGUACCUGAACAGGCGCUCAGAAUGCACCAGGCCGAAGCCAUUCUCCGUUCGCAAGCUGAAGCGGCCUUGAGACUCGCGGUGUCACAAGCGACCGCGGUAGCGGCGAGUUCCGGUACGGAUAUGAGACAUCAUCUGGGACAGCAUAACGGAGGAGGUUCCGGAAUGCCGGGUCACCACGGGAAUCAACAACUUUCCCAGCAGGAUGGGCUUUCACCGGACUUGGAAUUCACAACGAAUGUUUCAGGCGAAGCCCUACGAUUACAAGAGCAACGCUUAGAACAGGCUCUCAGAUUGCACGGAGACCCACGAGCGUUGGGUUUCUCACUUCAACAAGUUGUUAACCAGCAAAACAAUCAGCAACCAUGAAAAUUCAGCUACUACUGAGACGAGUGGACCCCUUGGACAGGCGAAGCAUCCUAUCAGGUGAAAAAAGAGGAGUUGCCGGAAGAUCAACUGGAACUGCAACAGCAACAGCAACAGCAACAGCAGCAGCAGCAGCAGCAACAGCAACAGCAACAGCAACAGCAACAGUUGCAACGUUCCACCGCCGAAGAGAUUCAGCAGAGUCUUUUGGUGGUUCCGUUGCAAAACCUCACCUCUAUAAACGAUAUCCCCGAUGUUACGGAAAGAGGUUUAAAACGAAAGUCGGACGAGAUGGAAGCGGAAAACUUGAACAACGCGUAAAUCUUUGCUCCGGCGAAAGACGAAUCAGCACCUGGAUCAAAACCAUCGUCAUUCUACAUCCGCAGCGCUGAUUCUUCACACCUCGAAGAAAAAAAAAAGAAGAAAUAAAAACAAAAAAUAAAACCGUACAACGGAUGGAUUUCAGUGAUAGGAUUGAAGAAAGUAUUUCGCGUUCAAGCGUGGUCAAUUGAAAAUUGCUCGAUGUCUCAGCAGUAUAUCGAAAAAUGGAGAACAAAAGUUCUUAAAAACAAACAAAAAUUACAAGUUAAUAAACUACAAGAUGUGAUGAAGUGAUUUGUAUGAUAUAGAAACACAGGCUUGGUACUUCGCGAUGAAGUGGACAUUUUUAUAAAAGUGCGAUCUGUUGCGCGUUAAAAGUCUGAUGGAGCUAGUAAGUUUAAUGAGAUGUUUGAUUUUAUUUACAAUUUCUAUUUUUUUUUUUUUUUUUUUCAAAACUUUUUUCGUUCCCUUUUUCACUCUUAGGUAUACACGGAUCGUGUAACGAUUGGUUCCCUCGGCCAAAAUUCGCGCUACGUAAUAGCGUAAUGCAUCGACAUUUUAUGCGCGAACGAGGAAACCGAGCCAAAAAUAUCGUUCCGUGCGUAAAUCUUACGCAGCAAUCAUCGUUGCAAGCUCUGACAAAUAUCUUAAUUUUCUUUUUUUUUUUUUCGUCUUCGUAAAUUGUUUCGUCCGAUUAUUGAACACACGCGUAGAUUUCUCCCGUUGUGUAAUAUAUGAGAUAAUUUGAAAAAUAGACUGGAAAAAAUGAAGAGAAUCGAGAAAUUUGACAGAGCCUCGUUAAAUUGCAACAGUUGUUUGCUUUAAUAUUUUUAGUACGAGAGUCGAGAUAUGAAAAUAGGUCAAACGGGCGACCUUUUUUAUUGAAGGGCUCGAGAGACUAAGCCAGAACUUGAGGUUCCCUUAAUCUUACUUUAUAUUACGUAUUUAAGGAUAUAAAUAUAUAUAUAUAUAUAUAAAAUGAAGUAAGAAAAAAUAAUAAACUCAUGCAACAUACACGUACACAUAUACACUUGUGCUCAUAGUAGCACGUAAACUAUUAGUUCGUAAGCAAACAAACAAAAUAUAAUUAUUACAAACAGUUAUAUAGAUAUUAUAUAUAUAUGUAUAUAUAUUCAAACAUAUAUAUAUAUGUAUGUAUAUAUAUAAAAAAAAUAUGGAGAGAGCGUGUGUGAGAGAACGAGAGUGAAAGCAAGAAAGAAAGUAAGAGCGAGAGAGAUUAAAUAACUAAAUGCUAAAUAUUAUAUAUAUAUUAUAUAUAAAUAUUAUAAAUAAUAAAUAUAGGGUUUAUGAGACUAGGAUAGUUAGACGAAGGAAAAAAACCAACAAAAAAAAUAUAAUAAUAAUUAACAAAUAAUUAAAAUUAAAAACAAUAAUAAAGAAAAUGAAACAUCAACAACAAUGCGAGAUAAGCGCGCGCAAAAUUAGGUUUAAACAACAAAAACAAAAAAUAAAUAAAUAAAUGAGAAAUCUGAGUUUUUGGAUAAAUUAUAAAUGCGUUUCAGGUGAAUGUCUGAGGUAAUCUGAGGUCCUGUGAUCGUUGAAAGCAAAAUAUUUUUUUAUUUCCAAAUAACAUUCACAUAUGUACGUGAUUCCAUCAUUUUUCAUUUUUCAAUUGCAAUAUAUAAAUAUUAUUAUCUAUUAUACGUUCUUGCAAUAUUACGUAGAGAAAAUUUUUUGUAGUUUUAAUGAAAGAGACAAAAAACAAACAAAAAAUAACUUCCAUCGCGUUAUUUAUAAUAAUACAAGAUCGCCCCAUGAAUCAUACAUCGAGUGAUCUUUUACACACAUGGAAUGAGACAAAUCGAUGAAAGAACGAGAAACAAAAACGCAAAAAAAAAAAAAAAAAACAACAAAUAAAUAAAUACAUAAAAUGUUAACGGUAAAGAACGUCGACAAUGUUAAGUUUUAUUUCAAAGCAAUCGCAGACUGAGGAGCGCGGAAUGAAUGGAAACCGUACGAGUGCAGUAUACUGAAUUCUUUCCUCUCGAAUUCUUAAUUUUAAUUAAUUUUUUCACCGUGAUAAACGGAAAAUGAAAAGAAAAACCAUCUGAAUGAAAAAUCAAAACUAAUCUUUAAUCCUGUUUACGCGAAAACGAAGUUGAUCUUAAUUUCACAUAUGAUAGGACGACUUUCGACAUAAUGAACAAAAAAUUUAUUUUAUUAAUAUUUUUAUUUUAUCUCUGAAAAUCGUGAACAAGAAUAAUCGAAUACAUAGAAUAAAACAAAGAAGAAAAUAAAAUCCCCGCGCAUAUAUAAAUGAACGAUCGGAAAACAUCAUCCGAAAAAGACGAAAAUCGCUAAAAAAAUUCAUCGACAAAGCUACAAUAUCGGUCGGGAAGCCCUCGCAGAGUUCAAAAUUCGAACGAUAUACUUGAAUAUCUUUCGUACUACGUACUAUAAUAACUAGGAGUACAAGGAAAUCAAUUGCAUUAAAAUUUUGUGGGCUUGAACAUCAAUUGCUCAUAAGAGUCUUCGAUUCGACAUUUUUGCUAGUGAAAAAAAAAAACUGGAUAUUUCAAUUCCCAUCAAAAGUACGAAGGUAUUAUCAAAAAUGUUCUUCUAUUGAACCCGUGCGGGGGCGACAUCGGUCUUUUUUUGAUAACCUUGAUAACCAUUUGCGUUACAGAGCGUUUUUCCUCAUGCUAAUUAGUGUAAAUACACAGAUAAACAGCAUAUUACAAUACAAUAGCAUAAAACAAUACAUAAAAUAAUAGGAUUAGUUUCUAUGUAAAUACCUAAGCCGGGUGAGUGAUGACCCUCACCUUGCCACCAUAAAAAAAAAAAAUUUUUGCCAAGCUUUUAGUUUUUCCGAUAAAGAAAAAGAAGAAAAAGAAAAGGAAAAUCGAACAACCCGUCCAAUGAGUUUAGAGGAAUUUUUCUUAACGAUUAUACGACGAUUACCGUGCUUGUCGCGUAUUAUAACCCACUGCAUAAUUACAUUCUGUACGCGACAAGUUGCUGAUUGUUCGUUAAAUUUAUUUCCUCAACUUUGCGGAGAAACUUUUUCCAUUUCUCUCUCUUUCUUUGGUACAGAAAUGUUUCUUAAAAAAAAAAAAGAUGAAAAUAAUACAAUGACACAUUCGAAUACACAUUUGUACACAGCCACAAUGAUGAAAAAAAAAAAAAAAAAUUAUACACAUUCUCACAGCAUUGCGAUGGAUUGUACAGCUAUAAUGAUAUAGAUUUAAGACGACACUUAAUUCACACAAUUGCACCACUGGCGUCCACCACAGGAUAGGGACCAACGUAAUUAUUUGGCGAAUAUUUCUUCCAAAUCUUAUUUCAAUGUCAUACAUUGAUUUUUCAAUAUUUUAUUCGUUCUUUUUCCUUUCGAUUCAGAUCCAACAUUUUUUCGAAGUAUAAUGGUUUUUCAAAAAAUCCGUGAUCAUCAAAUAUUCCGAAAUACUUAACAUUGUAUAUUCUAUGAAACGCGAAGAAGAUAAUCAUUUCGAAAGCGAAUUCAUAGUCUCAACUGAAAGUGAAGACAAUUUUCGGUGCGGUUUCGCGUUUUUUUACGACUACUUUUACGAAACGACUAUAAACGAUAUUAGAAUUUAUAUAUAUGAAAUUCUUUUAACGGCUCUAAAAUUGAUUGUGUAAUAUAGGUCCCUAAAGAACACGACGUUGACAUCAUUCAGAAAAAAACAAAACAACAAGAGAAACGAUUCUGCUAACAAGAAACAUUUUAACUCUCGGGAUUCUGAAGAUACGUAAUUUGCGCUUAUUUUCCGGGAUUCGGUAAUAAGUCGUACUACACAUCGCGUACAUUAGUUUUCCGAUCAUAUAUUGUACAAUACAAUAUUUAAUAAAUACAAUAGCUUGUAGUGUAUGUUCUGUAAUCGAUGAAACAAAAUAGAGACGAUUGUCCCGAAAAGAUGAUCGUCGAAAAAAAUCACAAAAAAAAAUUUACAAAUAUAUUGGUUUACAUAUGCCCGUAAGAGAGCCGGCUUUGCAGUUUUCUCAAACUGUCAGUUUCGUGGUACCCCCGUAUAGGAAAAUAUUAAAAAAAAAUAAAAAAAAAAAACCAUAAAAAAAAAUAACAAAAAAAUGAAAAAAAAAUAUCGCACGCCGAAAUAAAACAUAAAAAAUCCAAACAGAAAAUUGAAAAAAAAAAAACCCAAGAAAUGAAUAAAUAAAUAAGUACAUACAUAUGUAGCUGAAGUAAACUGUAAAGCGUGCAAAUUAUGACUCAAAUUUCAUCCAACUCGGAAAAUUAACAUACAGAGUGAAUAUAAACACGGAACCGCGUGCAGUAUAAUUUAAUCAGCGCGAAAUCCGACACUUUGAAUAUAAUUCCGAUUGAGAUUCUAGAGUUCGUAUAAAACCGGACCUUAGAUCGAUGCGACAAAGGGUUAUCCAAUGUUCGUCAACGAGAUAAUAAUUUACGACCACCGAAUUCAAUAUCGAUCCGUGUGGUGUGAAAAAAGGUCAGUUGAUAGAAAAAAAAAAAACACCAGCAAGAUAUACACCCUCUCCCAUUGAUUGUAGGAACCCAUUCGUUGAUGAUUGCAAAAUAAUGAUUGUAAUUAAUAUUCAUACGUUAUUUACUUACAUAAUUAUGUCACCCGCACGAUCAUGUGCAGCGUAUAUAUAAUUAACGAUGUACACGCGUAAUUGUAUGGCCACGAAACUACGUUAAUUGAUGAAACAUUAACUGUGAACCGGCUCUGUAAUACUACUAUACAUAAUAAUCUUAAUCUCUCCAUGUAAAUUGCUAAAUGUUUAUAACUAAUGAAAAAAUUAAUGCCAUAGCCCGGAUGCACUGGUGUAUACUCCCAGUGCAUACACACUCACAAAUACGACUCGAUUUAAAAAUAAAUGAAAUGAUAAUUGAUAUUGAUCUCGUCAACAACAAUAACAACAACAGCAACAAUAAUACAAUAAAUACAAGUACAGACUAAUAAUUCAAUAUUAUGCCCAAUUACACGCAAGAUAGCCCUGAUUAAAAGCGUGCCCAAUGCUUUCCAUAUACACACUUUGAGAAAAAAUAAAUAAAAAUGAUAAUAAUUAUUCAAUAAACCAGACAAUUGAUACGAAUAUGAAAAAAGCAAGAAAAUAAAAAAAGUGAAAACUGGAAAUAAAAUAUUUAUAGUACGAUAUCCGCAUAACACAUACCCUGGUGUUGCGGUUCUCAUUACUAUAUAUAUGUACAAAAUAUAUAACACAUCCAUACACACGCACACACACACAGUUACACAUAUUUAUUCAAAACACUUACAUACACAUUAAAUAUACCUACGGAUAUGUAAAAACAAUUAAUUUUGUAAAUUACUAAAAAGCAAAAAAUCAGAAAAAUCAAAUGAUCAUGAUAAUAUAAUGUACAAGAAUCUAAAUUGGAAAAAUUUUCGAUCGCCAAGAUUUAAUCAUCGGAACAUUUCUAUUGAUAAAUUUGAAUCGAACGUUGUAACACCCAUUCAAAAUUUCAACAAAAAACGAUCCGAUUCCCGGAUAACAAAAUCACGAAGAAAAUUAAAAUCGUUUUUCAAUCCAUACAGAACUAAACGAUAUUGAAAACAUACCCCAACAUACAUAAUCAAAACUUAUAUAUAUCUAUACCCGGAUAUGACGAUAGCACUUUUUUUGAAUAUAGAAAAAAAAGGCUAUAAAUGACCCCGAUUGCAUCGACCGCACGUAUACGAAAAGCUGCUUGACUAAAAUCAUUAGCAGCACCCCAACACACGUCUGUUUAUUCCUAUAAACAGUUAUGAAGAAGAGACGAAAAACUAAAAUAAAAUAAAGGAAAGAACAAACUUAAACAAAUAAAUGAAUGAAUAAUAAACUACAUGUAAUGAAUUUCUUUUCGAUCGGGUUUGAUUUUUUAAUGAAAUAAUAAUCUACAAUGAAUAUGUAAUACGCAGCAUAAAAACCGACAGUCUAGCAUGGCGAGCUCCUCGCGGAUACGCGUUUUCACGCGAUUCCGGACUUGAGCCUCCUGCACAUUUAUAAACCGGAAUAAGUUGUUUAAAUAUUCACUAUAUAUAAUAUACUAUAGCUAUGUAAGAUGGUGGGCCCUGAUUAUAAUAUAAAAUACCUACAUUUCUCUCGCGCGUGUCAUAUGUGCUUUGAAUAUCGUAUAGCAUUUUGUUAGGUACAUCAAAAAAAUGCUUGUUCGAAUCUCGCGCGCGAAGCUUCCAAUAGAAACGAAAUUGAACAAAAAACAGGAAACUGAGAAAAAUUGAUUAAUCAAAAAAAGUUAAAUUACAACUCGCUAAUAAACAAUGAUAAAAGAAAAUUUCUUCACGCUCGUUUUCCCAAAUUGCUAUAUCUGCUGUACAAUUACCUAUUCGAUUGUUCAAAAUUGAUGCGUGAUAGAACUGGAUGUAUAGUUCGAUUCGAUACUCUUUAACUUGCUCGUGAAAUUUCUAUCCCUUGUAUUCACAUUAUUCAUACAUCCACACUACGUUGAAUUUUCGAAAAAUUUGCACCCCGAAAUUUUAACCGCAUAAUCGCAGAUCCGAAGUAAUCGUGCAGUUCCUUUUUUCGUGACGAAAUGUAGAGAUAUCUGAUUUAGAGAAAAAAAAAUAAGAAAAAAGUACCGUGGUAUAAUGCUAAUAUUAGUAAUUGUCAGAAAACUUGAAAAUCUAAAAAAAAAGCAAUAAAAAAAAAUCACAGAAAAAAAUGAAUGAAAGAUUAUUAGAAAAAUGAUUGAAAAAAUGAAAUAAAAAUAAAUGUACAUCGCGGCGCAUAAAAUUUGCAUACUGCGAGUUCACCGCUAAAAUCACGUAAGGAAACGUUACAAGGAGAACAGAAAGAAAUAAAAUAAAUAAAAGUAAAAUUUUUUUGAAUACAUGCAUAAAAAUAAAUGUAAAAUCAUGAGAAUAUGCUAUCGGGGCCCACUGUAUUUUUUGCCAUUGGUAAUUGCAACUUAGCAUUAAUUGCUCGACGAAUGGCAAAAGAUUCCAAUUUUUUAGGAUAUAUAUAUGUGUUCAUAUAUAUAUUCUUGAAAAAAAAAAGAAAGGAAAACCGAAUCUUCGUUACAAUACGAGAAUGGUUUUUGGUUUUCGUUUUUUAUUUUUCUUUAUAAUUUUAUUUUCACCUUCGCAUACGAGUCUGAGGUACGAGAGAGUUUGUUCGGUGAAUUGAAUGCACUUUUUAUUAAUAGAUACGUAUCAUGUGACACGAUGACGUGAAAUGCGAUAGCAUGCACAACAAUCGAUGCUUAUGAUAUACGUGGAAAUUGAUUGAUCGAAAAUUAUGCGAACGGAAAGAAGGAGGAAAAGAGCGAUCAAAUUAAAUCGACUGAAAAUUGAGAAAAUAAUAUAUAACGAUAUUAACUGAAAUCCUCUAGUGAAUGCUUCUGUAAGGGUUUUUUGUUACAGUAACAAACGUUAUCGAUAUACAACAAUUAAUUAGUGAUAUAAUAGUAAGCAGUAAAAUAUAAUUAAUGAAUAAUUAUAAUCGAUAAGGUAUAUAAAUUAAUACAGAAUUUUUUCAGUGUCUAUCCGCAAGAAACCUUUUUUUUCAAACAACGAAGGAUAUUUCAAUCAAAUAGAAGAAAAACAACUCAAUUAAUUUUCAUCUGCAAACCCCGUUUCGAAAUGGCCUAAGUAAUAGAAGAAAAAGCAAAAGAAAAAGAAUUCAAUUAUACUUACGUACGUCGCUGUCAAAUACACCACCACAAAAAAGGACUUCCAUUACAUUAUUUUCUUACAUACAAUACCGGAGUAUCAAGUCGAAUAAAAAAUAUUAGCAAAUACGAAACUGAAAAAUGAAAAACAAGAAGCUUAAAAAAACGAACAAUUUCAGUUCGAAAAAUUUCAUUUUAUUCUGGUUUUAUCGAAGAUUUCGGAUAAUUUUUCAGUCCAUUUUCAAGUCCCUUGCAUAUUUAUAUUAUUAUGCAUAGUAUCUUACGAAUAAUAUGAUAUUAAAUGUAUUAAGUGUCUAAUAGCUUAGCCAACGUGUAUUCAAUAGGAAUCGUACAUUAAUUAACGUACGGCCAUCAUAUUUAAACAAUAUUAAUACCAGUGUGAACCUAAUUAAUAACAGAUAAUGAUUUAGCGCGGAAGCAUGCACUGAGGAUAUUAGGGAAAAACUCGACUCAGAUUCGGAUCGAAGAGCUCCGGAAUAUUACAUGGCGUCCAUCUUGUACAUUGAAUUCUAAAUUCGAUCACGAAAUUCUUUCUUUUCGUUUUCUUCAAUUUUGUAGUGACGAUUAGUUUCUUUCUCAUUUUACGAUCGUACAUGUAUCGUACCCAAACGAGGGUACGAGGCUGAUUUUUUUUCUUAUCAACGAAAUCCACUGUCGGGAAAUACUUCUGAAUUUCUUUUUGCUUCAGUUGUUAAUAGCAAGUAAUACUACGUUCGUUAGACGACGUGGUUGUUCGUUCCAUACGAGCGAAUAGUUAUGCCGAUUAAAAAUCUAACGAUGUUUCAAGAUGGCGCGCCGUAAUUUUCGGAGAUUUGUUUAAAAUACAGCGUUGCGUUAGGUCACUUAUACGACGUUGUUUUACCACAAUACAACCACCCCACCGCCCCCUCAGCCCCUUGAAAACAACCCCCAAUUCUACUCAUAUAUGUUCUUGUUUGUUCGUUAUUAUGUGUGUAGGCGCGCCCCAUUAACUGCAGUGGAAAUAUUAGGGGAAGAAAUGGAAAACCAAAACCAAAAAAAAAAAAAAACAUUAACAAAGUAAACAAAAAUUCAAAUUCAAAAACCACGUUUCAUCGUUCUUGAACGUAAUCUUCACGGUCGAACGCAGAACUAGCUGCAAAAAUAAAUUUCCUUGAUAAAAAAAAAACAUAAUCAAAAUCAAAAUCUUUGGAAUCAUCGAGUCGAGACAAUUAUAGACGUUACUCUAGAAGUGGACGAAGUAGAGAAAAAGGAAAAAUGUUUACCUGCACGCUGAUUGGGGUGCGCAAUUUUUUCAACGUUCCAUUUUAAAUAAUUUACGUACAGUUACAUCAAAGCCAAGUACUGUUGAUUUUCGUGCAGUGCAUCUUGCGCUGGAGUUCGUACACAUUAGCCGAAGACGCGCGCAUAUGGUAUGUGGUACGAUGACUCCGAUUGCAAGUUCGCUGUCAAGUUUUAAGGUAUCCAUUAAGUUUCCUCAAAGUCCCCUUUUGGGCAAAUUAUAUACACUGGCGAAUAUUCCCGGUCCCGUAUGCCCGGUAAUUGAGAAUAAAUUUAGAAAUUUGAUUGGAAGAGAAAAAAUAAGAGAAGAAAAAACGAAAAGUGAAGCAAAAAAAUUAAGAAUAAAAAGGACAAUUAAAUCAUUCGAAAUUCGAUUCUAGUCAAAGAACGGUACAAAAAAGCAAAAUAAAUAAUAGUAAUCAUUAAAAGAAGAAAAGAAAAAGAACCGAAGCUUUAUAUUCUUUGGUAGGCAAAAUCCAAUUACUUAUAUAUUGCGUAUAAUAUGAUUGCGAAUUAUAUACAUUUGUAUAGACGUAUGAUAAUACAGGACAUUAGACGUCUGUUAUGAAAAUGUAUAUGAUAUGAGAGAAGAAGAAGUAAAACAAAAUGAUGAUAAAAAAAAGAAAAACCAUUUUAAAAGGGAAAAAGAAAUUUUCUUCAUUAAACAUUGUGUAAUUAUAAUACUGUAGCGGGCGAAAUUCUUGAACGAGGGUUUACGGGACCAUAAUUAAAAUGAUAUCAAAGUUGACAAAGCGAUAGUCUUCUUUUUUUGUUUUUUGUUUGUUUGUUUGUUUGUUUGUUAUAAUAAUAAUCGACUAGGAGCUAACUGAUACUUUUUCAAUGAAUGAACGGUGCGAAUGAGGUUUGAAACUGUGAAUAUAUUUUUUUCACCCCUUUUUCCCUUAUUGUAAUACGUGCACACAUAUAAUUGCCUGGGCACCGAGUUAUAUUUAAUAUCGUGCGAAAAAUUUUCGAUCGACAUUUCAUUGAUAACGAAUAGAACAAAAUUCAAAAACCACAUGCCUAUUUCAAUGUACACGCCAUGUUGAAUGCCAUCAAAAAUUGUUUGCGAAGAGAGAAAAAAAAAGGAAAAUCCAAGUGACCAUCAAAAAUUUAUCGAUGAAACUCGAAUUGAAAUAAAAUUUCAGACAAAAAGAAAUGAGAAACAGAAGAACAAUUCGUUGUCCGGGCACUUUUUACUUUUCGAUAGGUCUGUUAACUAUACAAUAUACAAUGAUUAAUAUUAUAUAAGGCAAUUGAAGGCGUAUUUUUAAUACAUUUUGGCAAAUAUACCACUUAUACAUAAUAUAAUAUGUAUAUGUAUAAUUAUUGAGCAUAAAAUAUGUCGUCAUGUUGAACUUACAUUUCGAGAUUUCUUAUAUUUAUACGUGAACAUUGUGUACGUAAGCUACGUAAUUAUUUUCAUCAGGUUAAGUUUUAUCUUUCAUUAUUAUAUUUCAUUUUUGUUUUCUGUUUUUUCGUUUUUUUCUUCCCUUUUCUUUUCUUUUAAUCUUAUUACUUCAUACAAAUAUUUUAAGUUUAAUGAGAUUUAGUUGAACGUUAGUAAAAGGUAUGCCGCUAUCAUGUAAUGUGAAAAUUUAGUCUCCUAAUUAUAUCGUUAUUACUAUUAUCAUUAUCAUUAUUAUUACUGUUAUCAUUACUAUUAUUAUCGAUAUGGUUAUAACGGCAAGCGGCGAGCCUACCUCAAAAAAUGCGUAUGACUGAAUGUUCUGUAAUCAAAUGAAAUACAUAUGGUUCCAUCGAUUCAAUAAUCGUUUUCAAAUUGAGAUGAAAAUAAGAAAAAAAAAACAACUAGUUAAAAUUCUUGAAUAUGAAGAAAAUAAGUAAAAUUUCAUCCUUAUACAUGAAUAUAUGUAAUAUACAGAACUUUAGGCAAGAUGAUUUGCCGCGUUACUUUGGUUUCCUUUACGUACAUUGGUUUUUUUCUGUUCUUUUUUUUUCUUAAGUUCCUAGACUUCCUAUACGUUAGAAUUAUAAGUACUGUUCAAAUUAAUUACUUGUACAAUUAUAUAUCAUUAAAUUUGAGGUAAUAGAUAAUUAGACUGAUAGAAAUUAUUAUUAUUAUAAUUAUUAUAAUGAUAUGAGGUUGAUUUGAAAUGAAAUUGAAGUUAUGUUUGCUAGUCAAAAUUGGUUAAUUACAAGGAAAUAUAAAAAAUCACAUUUAAUGAUUAUAGUUUCAUUUGAACUGCAUAUAUACAGAAACUAUAUGAUUGCUACGGUUCUUUAGUUACUACUUUAGGUUCUUUAUAGUAUAUAACAUGAUAUAUUAUAUUAUGUAUAAUCGAAUUAUAAAUGAAUAAUUUAUAAUUCCCAACAUUAUAGUUAAAUUCAAUUACGUUAUAACGAUUAGUAAUUUUAUUAUCAUUAUUAUUAUUAUUAUUAUUAUUAUUAUUAUUAUUAUUAUUAUUAUUAUUAUUAUUAUUAUUAUUAUUAUUGUAUAAAAUAUGGCUUACAUCAUUACAAUACGUAAAAAAGAAGAAACAAAAAAGCAAAAAAAAAAAAAAUUUUGUAAACUAAUUUUGUCUUGUUGUUCACAUAUAAAAAAUUAACGUAUGAUAAUAUGUUAUUAAUUGACGUGAUAUUAUGGUUUUUUUUCAUGUGUUUUGUAAAUUUAUUUUCCAUAUUUUCAUGUUUUUUUUUUCGUUCUUAUAAGUUUUCAUUUAAUAAUUUAUCAUUAGGCAUACAUCCAAUGCACAUGUGUAUGUCAUCCAUAUCAGUUAUAGCAAACGUCUAAAUUAAUUCACGAAUAUGAAAGAAUGAAAGAAAAAAGGAAGAACAUAAAAAUACGCUGACGAUUGUCGUAAUAACUUAAACAAAACGAGGACCCGUGCAUUUACUAUAUAUAUAUAAUAUAUAUUAUACGAAUAGUCUUGUAAUUUGAAAAAAAUUUCGGGGACAUAAUAUUUCAACUUAUUAUUAUUGAUUUAUAAAAGGUACCUACGCAAUUACGGCGUUCGUUACUUUUGUGCCAAUUUAUUAUAAUAAUUCGAUAUUAACAUAUAAUAUUUUAUUGGCCAAAGGUAUUAUUUUGACGCUUUUGGAUAAGUUUGGAUAUAUACAUAUAUUAUUAUAUGUAUGUAUGUUUGAGAUUUGAAAAAAAAUAAACGAAUGAAUAAAUAAAACAUAAUGAAUGAAAUAACGAAAAAAAGCAGAAAAAAGAGAAACAAUUCAGAAUUAUAUACUCUACGAUUUUGAAAUUCGAAUAUUAUUUGCGCGGUACGAUUAUACCACAGUACGUAUAUGAAAUAUAUAAGAUAUGUAUAAUAUACAUACAUCAAAGUCUCUUUCGGUUACGAGUGGAGCUCCAAGAGUUGAAUGUUGUUUGAAGAAAGAUGAAGCAAGGCAAAGAACAUGGAAAGAUGAAAAGUAAUGAUAAUGAUAUAAUUGGCAAUUAUCGUGCGAUAACAUCAAUUCCAGAGAAUGCAAUCCAGAAUAAAGAGAAAAUUUAAAAUUCAAAGUUCCAAAAUGUAAGAAAUUAAUUUUAGGACUAUAACAAAAAAAAAAACAGAAAGAUAAAAAUGGAACAAAACCAUGAGAAAAGUGGGGAAAAAAAGGAUAACGACAACAUUUUGUAAAUAGGUACUUCUAAUUACUAUAAACACUAGGCAAUGUUUAGGCUAACGUGAGGAAAUAAUUGAAUAUUCAAGAAAAAAAAUUAUUCAAAAUAAACAAAAAAAGAAAAAAAAAGAAAUAUUAAUGUAGAUUAAGAUGAAAUUUAGUGGGAAGAUUGGGGUGAUGAAAACAGGCUACCGAUUCUACGGGAUUUUCCGUCAAAAUUUUCUCUCUCUUUUUACGGGGACAAAAUUCGUGUAAAGUAAAAAAAAAAAAUUACGAAAAAAAUAUUAUAUAUACAUAUAAUGAAAAAUAUAUCAAAUUUUACAUGUGGCAUUACAUAGAAAUUAAGUUAGGCUUAAAAUUAUUAUAAAAAUAUUAUGAUUAUUAUUAUUAUUACAAUGAUGAUGGUAAAUUUGGAAAAUUCCGGAAAUGGUAGCUGCACCUCGUCUUGUCUAAAAUUAAGUGAUUAGAAUUUAUGGAAAUGAUGAAAUUAAGAACAACUAAUACUAAGUGAACUAGAAUCGCAACCGAUGGGCAUUAUGGAGUUAAAAAAUGAUUAACAAAAAAAAAACUUUUAAUUACGAAAAUAAAGAAGAACGUAAGAAAGAAAAAAAAAUCAUUAGAAAAAAAAAUUGAAGUAAAAUCGUGGAGCGUCUUUUUCAAAAAGCAUCCAAAAUUGUACCUAUUUUCAUUUUAUAAAUUAUUAUUAUAUAUAUAUUAUAUAUAAUAUAUACGACGACUAAUUAUUAUUAUUAACAUAAAAAUGAUAUCUAUAUAUAUCUACACAUAUAUAUAAAUAUAUAUAUAUAAAUAUACUGGGAAAGUGACGUAUUCGGUCGUGGUUAUAUAAUUAAAAUAUAGCUAAGACGAAAAAAUUAGACAAAAAUUACCGACGGAAAUAUAUAAGGUGAACAAAAAAUGAAUAAAUAAAAUUAAAUAAUUGAAAUUAAUUAUUGUACAUUGUGUGUCAACAUAAAUAACGAUAAAAAGAGAAAAAAAAAAAACAAAAAUUAUGAAGUAAAAAUGAGAAAUUCAAAAGAACGGAAAAAAACCCCCUCAAAAAAAGAACAUUAUACUAAUAAUGAAGGUAUGAUAUAAUUGAUAUAAAAUUUACGUUUCGCACGUUUGAAUUUGUAAAUGAAAACGAUCGUAUUCGAUGUUCUUUAUUUAUUUUCUAUCAUUUCGGAAACAACAAAAAACUACAAGUAUCUACACGUAUGUAUAUGCACAUAUACAUAGGUACUCGAGUAUAUGUGUGCGUACAUAUAUGAACAAAUAGUGGCCCUGGAUGAUGUUUGUAUGAUAGUAGCGGAAAAUUAAUUAUUCGCAAUCAACAGAGGUAAUAAGAAUACGGGAAAAAAGAAAUUUUAACUAAGCAAAACAAAAAAAAAAAUAUAUAACACAAAAAAAAAGGAACUUGUAAAGAUAUAUCUCGGGCUCCAGGCAGCUACAAUAAAAAAUGGAUAAAAGAAAAAAUAAUGAAACUCAAAAACGUAUGUAAUCAUAUUCUUGGUGUUCGAUCUUUCGUUUGUAACUUCGAUACUUUGAGAUUAGCAGAGUAAGUAAUUUGUGCGACCUAUACAGUUUAGGAAUUCAAAUAACGUUAGCCUAAUUUUUUAUAUAAAUAACCGUUCGAAAAAAUUCACAACGUGACAAUGACAAAACUUUUCUACAAAUAAAGUAAAUUUAAAAAAAAAAAAAUGCAAAAAAAUUAAAAAAAAAAAAAACCAGUCACUUUCUGGUUUUUUCGAACGGUUAUGGCCUCACUCAAUAAAAGAAGAAGAAGAAAAAAAAAUGAAAAAAAGAACUACUUUAUAUACAGUAAUAUUCUAUAUCGUUUCCAUGAAACCAGUGUGAAUGAAUGAUAUGAAGUAAUACGUGAAUUGAGAAAAGAAGCUAAAAGCAUACAAUUGUCGAACUGUUGGGACAUUUCUGCGUUCGGUAAAAUGAGAAAAAAAAAAAAAAAAGAUAACGAAAAUAAAAAUUAAAACGAGAAAAUGAAAAAAA